CAAGCUCUCUACGUCAAAUAUAAUUUCACAAGCACGUUUUUCAAGUGCCUGCCAUUUCUAUAGCACUUUCAAAUUAAGAAAUCAAAUGGCUGCAAAAAUUCAACACUUUGAAACACCAAGUUCCGCGAGCUCCGAAAGCGAUGAUGGAGAUGCAUGCCUAGUCGAUCGAGAGAUUUGUUUAAUUGAAGAAACAUGUGACGAUGAUUGUCAACAAAGAAUUGAUAUGGGUACACCUACUCCACAAUCGCCAAGGCCUCCUUCCGCUGGAUCUCAGAAGUCACCAAGAUCUCGAAGACAACGAACAACAAGUAUGUCGCAGUCUAAUAAGAAAACAUCUUCGGAAUCAAUUUUGAGAAGUAAGACGAGAACUAUUUACACCGCAGGACGUCCUCCUUGGUAUAAUUAUGCAGGACAACAAGUCGAACCUUUUGUUAUUGGUAUUUGCGGUGGCAGUGCUUCUGGAAAAACAACGGUAGCAACGAAAAUUAUAGAAUCUCUGGAUGUUCCAUGGGUCACAUUACUCAGCAUGGAUUCGUUCUAUAAAGUUCUCAAUGAGAAACAGCAUGAAAUGGCUGCUAAUAACGAAUAUAAUUUCGAUCAUCCAGAUGCCUUCGACUUUGAAUUACUGAAAGCAACACUUCAACGACUUAAAGAAGGUCGUAAGGUUGAGGUUCCUAUUUACAACUUUGUUACGCACUCGAGAGAAAAUCGGACCAAAACGAUGUAUGGUGCCAAUGUCAUAAUUUUCGAAGGUAUAUUAACCUUCUACAACGCAGACGUGUUGAAGCUGUGUGACAUGAAGGUUUUCGUUGACACGGAUGCCGAUAUAAGACUUGCACGACGACUGCGUAGGGAUAUUACGCAAAGGGGCAGAGAUCUUGAAGGUGUUUUAAAGCAGUAUUCGACAAUGGUUAAGCCAUCAUUUUACUACUACAUCGCUCCGUCAAUGGUUCAUGCUGACAUUAUUGUGCCACGCGGCGGAGAAAAUGAAGUGGCGAUCGAACUAAUUGUACAACAUAUUCACACUCAACUUCAGCUGAGAGGUUUUAAAUUGAGGGAAAAACUUGCGCACUCCUGCCUCGGACAACCAAUGCCGUCUUCUCUUUUUAUGCUUCCUGAUUCACCACAAAGUAAAGGUCUUCAUACUUUCAUCAGGAACAAAUUUACACAUCGCGAUGAGUUCAUUUUUUACUCCAAAAGACUUAUACGCCUGGUUAUUGAAUAUGCUCUUUCGCUUUUACCUUUCCAGGAAAUCACAGUUGAAACACCACAAGGUGUUCCUUAUCAUGGAAAACGAGCGGCAACCAAUAAAAUUUGUGGCGUUUCUAUUUUAAGAGCCGGUGAAACGAUGGAACAAGCUGUAAGAGAUGUUUGUAAAGACAUACGUAUCGGCAAAAUUCUGAUUCAGACUAAUCUUCAUACUGGAGAACCAGAGUUAUAUUAUCUACGCUUACCGAAGGACAUAAAAGACUACAAGGUGAUUUUGAUGGACGCAACAGUAGCGACUGGUGCCGCUGCAAUGAUGGCGAUAAGAGUUCUUCUCGAUCAUGACGUUGGUGAAGAAAACAUUCUUCUUGUAUCAUUGCUAAUGGCUGAAUCCGGGGUGCAUUCAAUAGCCUACGCCUUCCCAGGAGUGAAAAUUGUCACCUCGGCCGUUGAUCCAGAGAUCAAUGAAAAAUUCUACGUACUUCCAGGAAUCGGUAAUUUUGGUGAUCGAUAUUUUGGAACUGAACCAUCUCUCGAAGAUGAUUAACAUUUUUUGAAAAGACUUUGGCAUGUAUAUUUGACUGAUUAUUAUCGAUUAUUAUUAUCGACUACUAUACGUAACUUAUAUAUUAUUCAAAAUCGUGAUUAUUAUGUGCGAAUAAUGAAGACUAUAUUAUGUCUUCAUGUACUUAUUUCUACAAAAAGAAGAAGAAGGAGAAUGUUAUUAUCGAUACUUAGUAAUUUUAAUAAAAAAUUUAUCUUUACAA